AUCGGGGCCCUCUUUCCCAUCAUUUGUCUCUUUCUCUUGUAAUCGUUCAUACAAAUACCCUGUGGAAAUAGAGGCUAGUUCAAGUGUUUAGCCGAAGGUCCUUCUUCAAUGAAAAUAUCACUAAAUAAAUAAAAAUACAAAGUAGAUCUUGCCCCCAUGAUUCUCCUUACGUUCAGGGUUGAGAAGGGAGAGGGUAAUAAUAGAUGAAGCGGGUUCGUGUGGUAGGUGGAGUAGCUUGAAAAUGGCAUAUGAUCUUGCUCUUAUGAAUUGGACCUAUCAGUCUAGGGUUUGGUUCAAGAUUCUAUGUUCCAGGUUCAAUCCCAAUCUUAAGGGCCCCUCACACCUCGACCCGACAUGGCAUUUGGGAGGAUAUAAGUCAUGGUUACUCAGUCAGUCCAAUGAUGAUAAAUCUUGUACCCGUGCGCACCAGAGGUCCAACCCAUCAUGCAAGAAUUGUAACCUCCACAAGGGUCGCUACGAGUUUCGAUCAUUGGUCAAUGUUCCAGUUUUUCCACUCUAUCAACUGAGCUACCCGUGCUUCAGUGUUCUAUUGUGAUAGACUUCGUCGGAGCAUUGAAAGAUGUUCCCCCUAAUAACAAAAAAGAAAAUGAAUUUGCAUAGAAAAGGGAGUGAUGCAUGUAUAAUUGCUAUUAAAUGUAUAAAAUAUGAACCGUUUGAACAUUGAACCAUACUGAUACUAGUUAAAUGUAGUAUGAGAUUAACUUAAUGGAACUCACAAAGGUAGGUAAGACAUUAAUA